AUGUCGUCUCAUAAUUCUUCUAAAGUCCUCAUUGGCUGCCGUAAGUCGGAGCUCGCACUCACUCAAGCUCGGUCGAUCAUAUCCGAACUGAGCCAAACACUCGACCCCUCCCCGACCUUUGAAAUCGUCACCUCCAGUGUCGCGGGCGAUGCAGAUAAGCAAUCACCCUUUGCAGUCCUCUCUAAACAGACGGGCGGAUCAGACGUUGGCAAAAGCCUAUGGACAAAUGGCCUUGAAAAGGAAUUGGUGGCUGGCAAGGUCCAAUUUCUUGUCCACUGUUUGAAGGAUAUGCCAACAACACUGCCGCCGAACUGUCUCCUUGGGGCUAUUCCUGAGCGUGAGGACUGUUCCGAUGCCGUCGUAAUGAAGUCCGGCUCUGUUUUCAAAUCUAUCGAUCAAUUGCCACCCGGCUCUGUAGUUGGAUCGAGCUCUUCGAGGCGAAGAGCUCUAGUUCGGCGAAAUUGGCCUCAUCUGGAGAUAGUAGAAUGUCGCGGCAACAUAGAUACCCGCCUUGCUAAGCUUGACGCACCUUCUUCGCCAUUUUCGUGCAUUCUCUUGGCAUCCGCUGGACUAUUACGCCUAGGACUCGAUCAUCGAAUCACACAACGACUUGAACCUACUAUAUUCCCUUAUGCAGUUGGACAAGGCGCACUUGGUAUUGAGGUUAGCACAAAUACAGACCGUCAAGAUAUCCUACAGCUUGUCCAACAUGUCGACCAUAAGCCAUCGAGAUGGCGCGGCAUGGCCGAGAGGUCGAUGCUUCGAAGUCUUCAAGGAGGAUGUUCGUCCUCAAUUGGCGUUUCGUCUUCUUUUGAGCCCCUGGAACAAGGCUCUGAUAGCGGCACCCUGCGCCUGCGAGCUACGGUCAUCCACAUAGAAGGUUUAUCGGAGAUUUCUGCUGAAGAUGUGGGUACUGUCCAGUGUGAUGAGGAAGCAGAGAAACUCGGUGUCUCCGUCGCGAAUAUGCUGCUUGAGAAGGGGGUGCGGGAUCUAUUGCCACAGCAAUUAUAA